AAUAAAUCAACAAGUGCUCCUCAAUAGCUCUUCAAUUUUUUUAUUUUAUUUGAAUUAAAAAAAAGAGUCUUAUUGCGCUUUAUCAAAAGAAUUGCAAUAAAAUAUAUAAUUUAUUCCAAAAGGGCAGAACGAUUGAUUUGUGAAUUUUGAAAAGUUUUUCACACUUAACUUGAAUGGAUCAAAAAAGGACAGUUUUGGUUGGGAUUUUAGUGAUUUGCAUUUUACUGCCGUGUGCUUUCACAAAACCACAGAUUAAUUCAAACAUUCCGACAUGCGGGAGUAGAACAUCAUGCAAAUGGCUUUAUUACGGAACAGACACGCUGGGAAAACGAUACACAAAGCAGAUAAUCGUAAAUAAUAAAUGUACAUGCUUGCCCUCACAAUCAUGCGUUUAUGAUGAGGAGAAUAUUUCGCUAGAUCUUAUGGUCUAUCGAUGCCGAGACGAUCCAACACCACCAAUCUCAAAACCCGAGAAACCAUCGAAUCAAAGCUCAACUUAAGAAUUAUUGAAUAUACUUUAAGGAAUUUUAAGACCAAAUGUUAGUAUUAGAGAAUUUUUAUAAAAAAAAACCAUCGAGAUUGAAUGAAAGUUCAAUCGUGGUGUCUAGAGACUUAUUAGAUAUAGAACAUGAGACAUGUUUUGCUAAACUUUUAUUUGAAGAUUAAAAUACUUACAGUAG